AAGUUUUUAGACAUAAAGUAAAUGGUCAUACGAAGCAAAGAAAACGAGAAGACUAUAUAGAAUGGACUGAGUAUUUCAUGGCAAUGGCAUUCCUCGCAGCUAAAAGGAGCAAGGAUCCAAGUUACCAAGUUGGAGCUUGUGUUGUAAAUAAGGAAAAAAAAAUUGUUGGCAUUGGAUAUAAUGGUAUGCCAAAUGGAUGUCAUGAUGACGACUUUCCAUGGGCUAAGAAUACGGAGUCACCUUUGGACAGUAAAUUUUUAUAUGUUUGCCAUGCAGAAAUGAAUGCAAUAUUAAACAAAAACUCAGCAGAUGUUAAAGACUGCACGAUCUACGUAGGGCUAUUUCCUUGUAACGAAUGUGCCAAAAUCAUAAUACAAUCUGGCAUAGCUGAAGUUGUCUAUAUGUCGGAUAAGAAUGCUCAUAAGGAUAUGUACAUUGCUUCAAAAAGAAUGUUUGAUGCAACAGGAAUCAAAUAUUGGCAAUACAAACCAAAGCACAACCAAAUUGUAAUUAACUUUGACGUAAAUUGGGACGUAAUAAGUCCAUCUAAAUAGAUAGUAAAUAAAUAGUUUAUAUAUUAAUCCUUCAAGUAUACAUCAAGUAUCAAUGAUAUUAUACUUGUAAUAUGCUCACUGUCAUGUAUACAUUGUAUACAAUGCUUAGGCAAAAUUUUUUAACUGUAUUUUUUUAGUAAAACGGCUAUUUCAACCAAAUUUAUAAGUACAAUGUUAUAAUUUUAAGUAA